AAGCAUCACGCCUCCACGGCUGAUAAGGGUAACAAACGUCAAAGCAGCUUUACAGGAAGUGGUGCCUGCUCCGAGUUGGAAGAGGCAAGUUAGAAUUGUCGACCAGACUGUCGGGACAAGAAGCUCAUCUUUUGACGUUCCAAAUAUCCGGAGAUGGACAUUAGAAGGCGUACACCAUGGGGGAAGCUGGUCAAAGUGGAUUCCAGUGCAUCUGAAGUGCUGCUUUUCAACAGAGAAUGCACCAUAGGCCGGAAAAAGGGAUGUGAUCUGGCCUUUCCUACCAACAAACUGGUUUCAGGGGAGCACUGCAAGAUUGUGCAAGAUGAAAACUCAGGGCAGGUGUUGCUUGAAGACAUGAGCACCAAUGGUACAGUGAUCAACACGGUCAAACUGGUCAAAAAACAAACUUGCAGUCUUCAAAAUGGUGACGUCAUCUACUUUGUAUACAGGAAAAAUGAGCCUGAACAAAAUAUUGCGUAUGCUUACCACACAAUCAAAACAGAGCCUGUAGUUUUUCAAGAUCGUCACAACAUGUCAGCCCAGAGUUCUCCCACUUCUUCUGAGAUGACGCUGUCCGUGGAGCCGGUCAUGCUCACAAAAGCGCCUUGGGAUCUUAAUCAGGAAGAACCUCAGCCAUCCACCUCUACAUCCCACCUCUGUUUUCAGCAACCUUUUACACCCGGACCUCCAUUAGCCAGAGGGUGUCUUAACUCUGUCUCAACAGGUAGCCACUCUAGUGAUGAUGUCCAAACACAAGAGAGAGCCCUCAACAAUUUGGAGCCAGAAUGCAAGAAGCAAAAAACCGAGAUAGGACCUUCAGCCAUUACAGGAACAACGCUGCCAACUUUGUCAUCAAGUGGAAGUCUUACAGUCCAAGCACCAGCAGAGGAGACCAAGACAGAUAGGAUGGAGGAAUCUCUGAGUUGUAUUAUUUGCCAAGACCUUCUAUAUGACUGUGUCAGCCUGCAACCCUGCAUGCACACGUUCUGUGCUGCCUGCUACUCUGGCUGGAUGGAGCGAUCUUCUCUUUGUCCUGCGUGCCGCUGCCCAGUGGAAAGGAUCCGUAAGAACCAUAUCCUCAACAACCUGGUGGAGGCCUACCUCAUCCAACACCCCGAAAAGUGUCGGAGUGAAGAGGACCUGAAAAACAUGGACAGCUGCAACAAGAUCACUCAGGACAUUUUGCAGCCAAAGGUUGAGCAUUGUUUAUCUGAUGACGAGGGCAGCUCUGAUUACCUUUUUGACUUCUCUGACGAUGACAGCGACACCUCAGACAUUAGUCAGCAGCCUCUAAUAAUAUGCAGACAAUGUCCAGGCUAUAGGAGAGAGGUCGGUCAGAUGCUGUUUGUCACAGGCUCAAACUACUGGCUUCCGGUUCUGCCGGUCCUGCCUUCUAUGCCUCCAUCUCUUCCACCUCCAGUCACACCAGCUGGAAAUGAAACUUCUGCAAAGUCUUUCGGAGACGAGCCCUCAACGUCAUCUGAUAACCCAGCAGCUCCUCUGGAGUACCGCUGUCAACCUCAAGGCUAUCAUCUUUUUUGUGCCUGCUGCCUGCAACCAAUGCCAGACAGACGGGCCGAGUUGAACAGCCAGCAGCAAUGUUUGCGGUGCCAGCGUGUUUUUUGUCACAUUUAUUGGGGUUGCCAGAGGAUUGGCUGUCAAGGCUGCCUGGUUCGAUUCAGUGAGCUCAAUCUGACAGACAAAUGUCUGGAUGGUGUGCUGAACAACAAUAAUUAUGAAUCAGAGAUCCUAAAGAACUACUUGUCCUCCAGAGGCAAGACAUGGAAUGAUCUACUCAAAGAGGCUCUUAAUGACUUGCAACAGGGGAAAUUUUGCCUUUCAGAUCCCCACAUUUCUGCAAAUACAAUCCUUUGUGUGUGCUGCGGCCUGAUGGUCUUCAAGGAGUUGGCGUACAAGUACAGACAAAAUGUUCCUCCGUCUGAACUACCAGCUGCUGUAUUGUCUCGUCCCAACUGCUACUGGGGACGUAACUGUCGUACACAAGUGAAAGCCCAUCAUGCAAUGAAAUUCAACCACAUAUGUGAGCAGACCCGCUUCACGAGCUGAGCGACCAAACUGGUAUUCAAUUUGCAGCAGAAUGGAGACGCGUCUCAUCUGGUAGCUUUCUGCCUGCUGGAUUUGACCUUUAUAAUGCACACAAAAAACAUUAUCCAUUCAAAAUGGAGUCUUAUCUAACAUACAGUUAUAUGAAGAAGUGUCAUGCACAUUACAUUUUAAGCAUGGAAAAAAUAUAUAUCUUGAUUUUAGUCACUAGUGGCUGGUACAUUUUUUUUUUUUUAAUUUAGGAGUAAACCAGCAAACACCUUUGCUUAGAUUAUGGGCAAAUGUGUGUUUUAUCUCCUAGUCCUGAUCUAAACCUGCUGUAUUGUGUAUUGUUUGUGAUAUUACUGUCAAAUGAAGUGCCUGGCUUCAAAUUCUGCACACUCAUUGCAAAAAUGAUGUAAGACACAGCUUUUAUGGAUAUUAUCAGAGUACAGCUUCCAUCAUAGUGUAGUUCAUUGCAUAACACGAUAGUAAAAGUGAUGCUCUUAAGGUUUAUUUUGUGCAAGACACAAACUGCCAUGGGCAGUGAGAAAUGUGCAUCAGCGUGUUGCUGCAUAAGUACACACAAGGUUGCCAUGUAAUAAAGGCUAAGCUGCAAGUAGCCAGGAGUGCUGCAUCAUGCUGAGGCUGGCUUUAGGCUGAAGUUGAUUACUUUGACAAUAGUUUUGUUUUACCUGAACGAAAAGCAGAAUCAGCACAAACCAUGUCUAUUUGAAAUAGAAAUAUGUUCUAUUUACCAGAUGCAGUUUCUUCACAUUGCUUAUAAUGCAAGUUAUGCUCAUUGGAGUUUUUUUUGGUUUUUUUAUAUAUUGAUACAUUUGGUUUCUGGGAAAAAUUGUGAUAGUUUAAAUGUUAUCUUGUUUCUCAGGUUGAUGAUGAUGCUGCUGUAAAAGUUCUUUCUAGUUUAGCAACUAGAAAAUAUACAUCGUGUUUGUGACAAAUUAUCUAUACUUCUCAGCCAGGAAGCAGUUUCAAGUAGCUCCACAUUAUGCAAAAAUGCAUCAUCAUUAUAAAAUGUUUCUGAACAUUGUAACUUUACUAGUCACUACCAGGUUGUUAUUCUUAUUAGAGAUAGGACAGGUAAUAGAUUCAAAAGGCCUUAAAUGUUAAGAAAUAAGUAAAAUAUGUGGUUUUCUCCCCACGUUUGUUUGUGUGUAAAGUCCAGGUGAACAUGAAGAAACUGUUAAAAACAGUCUAGCUGGCAUUCAGUCAAUUGAAUAUCGACUCUUAAUCACCUUAUGUUUGUAUUAGUUGACCAGGAAAAAGUCAGAUUUGGUGUUUGGAAUAAAACUUGGAGAUUUGCACAAAA